AUAAAUGUGUAUUUUAGGUGCAGGAAAAAGAGAUUAAAUAAGGCUUCUUCUUCUUCUUUUUAUUUCUUCUUCUUUUUUAUUUCUUCUUCUUCCCUUUUACGUUUAUAUAUUAACAAAAGAAAGAGAGAGUGUGUGUGUGAUAGAAAAAAAGGAUAUGCUAUAUUAACAACAAAAAUGUCAGAACUUUCACAAUUUUUAUUAGAAUCAGAUAUUCAUUUUUAUAAAGAUUAUGCAAUACCAAUAAUUAAAAGUAACUCAAAAUUAUUUGACUUGGAUGAAUUUGAUUCAAUUUUACGCGAGAAUAAGUCAAUACCUAUUGAUCGAACUAUAAAGGAGGCAUACAAGGACUUUGAAUUAGAUAAAAAAUCACAGUAUGAAAUGCAUCCAAAAUUUGGUCGAUAUGUCUGGGAUAUUGCUGAUCAAUGGUAUCAAAAAUGGAAUGUAGUAUUCUCAGUUGAACAUAUGUGGAAUUGGAUAAAACACGGGGUCACACGGUCCUCGGCGCAAUUGUCAACUACGAAAGAUCAUAUAUUCGACGCCACUUAUAUUCAACCUUGGUUAAAUCGUAUUAUCGUUCGUUAUAACGUUCACCCAGAUCAUCAAAAUUUAUUACAAGAUAUUUGUAAAUACAUUGGUGAUUGGCACCAAUCAAAUCGCUCUUUAACCUUACGAGGUUCCUUCAAAUUAAAUACAAUACCUUUGUUUCCUCCUACUUGGUUUACAAAUAAAUCAAAACAAAACUGUAAUCGAAGUGAAGGUUUAGCUCCAUCUUAUUUAGCUACUUUUGUUCCUCCUUAUCGGUUAGAGCAACAACAAAUACCUGAAAGAUGGGAUCAAGUAUUCUUAAAAGGUUUAACUGUAGAUCCGAAUCAUAAAUUUAAUUUGGAUCCUAUCUUGAUUGCUUCUGCUAUUCCUAUUCUGGGUUUAACUGUCAAUAUGGAUGAAGAAUCGGGUUAUAGUAAAUUAUUUUUAGUCAUGAUAAAGGCAAAAUAUGGUAAUUUGGAGGAUAAAAUUGAAAAUGAUGUGCCUGUGGAUUAUUAUAAACCUUGUCAAAUGGCAAUUAGUAUUACAAAGGAUAUAAAAGAUUUGCAUUGGAAUUAUAUUCACGGUAACAUUCAUCCUCGUAAUAUCUUGUUAAACAAUGCAGAUUAUUUAGGGGAAUUGGUGGAUAUCACCUUUAUGCGUCGAAAUGAUGAUACUUUAAAGAAUAAUUGGUCUGGAAGAUGGCCUUAUGUGGCUCCUGAAGUGGUCUCGACUGGUCUGAGUACGUCGGCUGAUAUAUAUGCUUUAGGUAUCAUCUUAUGGCAAUUAAUUUCAAGAGUCACUUUCCCAGGUGAUGUCUUAAUUGACCCUCAUGUCUAUCGUAUUGAACCUAUUCCAAAUGUAUUAAGAGAAUGGGAAGAUAUCUAUAGUGAUUGUCUUCAUAUAGAUCCUAAAAAGAGACCUAACGCUUAUACCAUUCAUCGACGUCUAACUCAUCUCUGUAAUAAAUUACGAAAUAACAAAAUACCUUUAUCUAAAGAAACUCUUCAUUAUAUUAAAGUAAGACGACAGGAGAUUCAUCAGUUCCUGGAUGAUUUAAAGACCUCUCCGUCUCCUCUUAUUCCUUCUUCGCUAUUAGACGGUACUACUAUUACUACUACUACUUCUACUUCUACUUCUACUACCACUAUUACUCCUACCUCUUCUUCUCAUACAUUAUGCGAAGUGGGAAAUCAUGUCUUGACUGCUUCUGUCACUCGUCCUUCACAUCAACGUUUAAACAGUUAUCCAAAUUUGAUUCAAAAGUUUCCCGGUUAUUCAUAAAAAAAAAAGAAAAAGAAAAGAAAUAUCAUAUAAAUAAUUUGCUUCUUCUUCUUUUUUUAUAUGUAUAACGUUUCUAUUUCUAUUUCUAGUUCUUUAAACUUUAUAUCUAUCCUUCUAAAUGUUUAAUACAUGUUUAUAUUACACAGACGGUUUUCUUUUAUUCUACACAUGUACAAGAUUAACAAAAAAAAAAAUGUAUAUCUAUGUAAUCAUAAUACAGAAAAUAAAAAAUAAACAUUUUCAUGUCAUUUAAAAUGAAUACAUUU